AUGGUGUCGAGGAAGAAGAAGAGCCAAAACAAUCUGAAUCAAAGAUAUUCGUCUGUGAAAUUUGCCACCAUAGCUGAUCACCCCUGUCGUGUCUGUUGCUUGAGUUUCGCAACGGAAUUUGGCCUGAGGCAGCACUCACGGGAGCACACUGCCGACGAAUGUGCAGCAGCCGAAGAGACUCAACCGAAAGUGACUUGUGGAUCAUGUGAUGAUGUCUUCUCAUCGAAAUACCUGCUCUAUCGCCAUGAGAGGAACGUGCAUGAUUCUGGGGAGAAGUUCAGUUGCUCUAAGUGUUCUGAAAUACUACCCUCGAUGCCUCUGCUGUUCGCCCACGAGAGACGUCACAGGGAGUUCCGCUGCAAGAUCUGCGGGAAGACGUUGAAGAGUCAAGUGGCUCUGAAUGAGCACCAGAACAGCCACAGUGGCGAGAAGCCGUUCAAGUGCGAGUGUGGCAAGGCAUUUGCCUACAACUCAAAUCUGGUGGAGCACCGGAAGAUGCACACGAUGGUGAAGGAGCACAAGUGUAGUCACUGCGACAAGGCUUUCCGGCGAUCGAACAUGCUGAAGGAGCACGAGAGGGUUCACACGAGAGAUCGGCCGUUCAAGUGUUCCUUCUGCGGUGCGGAUUUCACGCAGUCCAACUCACUGAAGAAGCACAUCCGGAAGUUCCACAGAAUGUGUCAGCAGUGUGGGGAAUAUGUGGGCGAUGACAUUGAUGAGAUGAUUCACAAAUGCAGCGACAGCAAGUGA